AUGGCACUUGCAAUGGAUUUCUGUGACUUAAAAACGCUACCGAAAGGUUUGCUCGCUAAGCAGCAGUCGUUGAAACUGCUUUUCCUGGAAGGUAACAAACUGACCUACCUAGAUCCGGAUCUGUUUGCACCACUGGUGGAGCUGGAGGAGUUGGAUCUGAGCGCUAAUUUGCUGUACAACAUUUCGAAUGCGCUGGCGAAUCUGACCAACCUCAAAUUACUGGACCUGUCGGACAAUCGGCUGCGCUCCCUGCAGGAUAAUUCGUUCGAAAACAUGACUACGUUGAAAAAGCUUAAUCUGAAACAAAACAAGCUGACGGAAAUCCCUCGUGCCUUGGCAAAGCUUCCGAACCUGAGCACACUGACGCUGGAGACAAAUAAGAUCAAGUCUACCGUUGUCGGCGAGCCGCUGGCAAAUCUGGAGGAUCUGUACAUGGGGGAAAACGAAAUCACCAAACUUCGCCUGAACGACUUCCCGGCCGUGGAGGAACUGUACGUGGAGCGGAACCAAAUUCAUAGUCUAUCGGUGGACACGUUCGUCGGCAACAGAAAGCUGAAAACGGUGGAUCUGACGGAUAACCGUCUGACCGGUCCGCUGGAGGGCAUCUUCACUCCGCUGCGGAAGCUGGUCACGCUAACGCUGAGCGGUAACCCGUUGGGACGCGUGACUCGGGCCACCUUUGAAGGGUUGCUGAAGCUGGAGGAUCUCACGCUAAGGAACAUAAAGCUUACCGAGCUGACGGGCGCACCGUUUGCAUCGCUUUCGGAGCUGGAGAAGCUAGACCUAUCGGAGAACCGGUUGGCAGCGGUGGACGAGGCAUCAGUGCGCGGCAUUGGCAGUAAGCUCAGGGAAUUCUAUAUCAAUGAUAAUGAGAUCGGCAUUGAUGGUCUGAGCGGACUGAACAUACUGAAUCGCGUGCAAACCGUUUCUCUCUCCAAUCGAAGCAUUGUUGUGCCUGACACAUUGCUGGCCAACAAAUCAUGGAUGGUGGAAUUUUACGUUCAGGGCGGUACGUUUGCCUCCCUUCCGGCUCAGUUCUUCCGCUCUACUAUAGCGCUGGAAAAGCUCUCCCUGUCCGAUAACAAGCAGUUGGUGAAGCUGCCGAAAGACUUCUUCCAGUACGUGCCGUACCUGGAGGAGCUGGUGCUGCUGAAUAACAGUCUGUCUGUGCUGGAGCCGGGAGUGUUUGAUCCGCUCGGACUUUUGAGAGAGUUGGAUAUUUCGGAAAAUCCGCUUAAAUCACUGCCGGACGGUUUGUUUGCUCAAACGUUCCUGCUGGAAAGCUUGAGGAUGGCGGAUGCCAACCUUACCACCCUACCCGCCGGUAUCUUCGAUAAACUGUACGUCUUGGCCAAGUUGGAUCUGGCCAACAAUCAGCUACGUACACUGCCGGAAGGUGUGUUUAACCGGCUCUACUCCUUGGCAACACUUUCGCUCGAGAACAAUCAGCUGGAAGCUUUGCAGCCGGCCGUCUUCAAGAGUUUGGAGAAGCUUAAUAUUGUUAUCCUGUCUCACAACAAGCUUGCCGCGAUAGAUCCUCAGCUGUUCGCUGGAUUGCCCGUGACGGCGAUUGAUCUUUCGUACAACCGGUUCACCACAUUUGAUGAGAGUGCGAUGGCGUUCGCCGAUCGUUUACUUAUGCUGUCGCUGGAAAGCAAUAAGCUGACCUCGUUGAAGAUCCAUUCCACCCUGGAGAAGUUGUUCAUUGACGAUAACAAACUAUCCUCCAUUGAAGUAAAGCUCGAAGACUCGUACAGCCACAUCACGUCUCUUUCUGCGGUGCGUAACAAUUUCACAGCUCUUGAUGCUUUCUACCAGUUCAAGAUGCUAACCGAACUGGAUGCGUCGUACAAUGCGUUCACGGAGCUGAAUUUGGCCAAACUUUUCAACGAAAUAGUACCGCUCUACACACUGAACGUGUCGAAUAGCUUCGUGGAGCGCGUCCAGUUCGGGAAGAUUGAGCAUACGCCCACCCUGAUCCAUCUGGACAUCUCCAACAACAAUCUGACCGCGUUGGAUGUGCGUGCAUUUGCCGUGUUCCGGCAGUUGCAGAACUUUGUCUUCGGUGGCAACAGGUUCGAUACGUUUGUGCUGGAAGAUUUGCUCCGUGCGUUCGACGAUCUGCAAACGAUCGGGCUGGAGGGUACGGUGUGGAAGUGUGAUUUCCUGAAAAGCUUGAAGGUGUCGAUGGAGGAAGCGGAUGUAACGUUUGCCUACAAGGAGAAGGAAACGGUACACGAAAGGUUGGAGAGUGUUUGUUCCAAGCAACUGUAUGGUAUCUGUUGUGUGUAUGACCCAAUGACCCAGCAAAAGCGAGGAGCCGUGCGGAAUAAAAUCUGCCAUUGCGCGGCCACGAUUCCUCAGUGUAGCCGAGUGUCUCCCAGCAGUUGGUUCAUUUGGUGCCUUGUGUUUAAGAUGGGGCUCUGGCCUAGUGUGUGGUCUUUGCUAUUGCUGUUGGUGGCCCACCAGCAAGUACGCAGCUCUGAAUCACCAAUCUCCCUAACAUGUGAACCGCCUACAUGUCGAUACAGCGGUCUACGUUUUGCCACUCCGUCCGAUACCGCCUCACUAUCGAUUACCUUCGAUUCGGACUACUACAGCCAUGUGACUUUCGAAAACUCAUCCCUUUCGGCCAUACCGCAAACAGUGUUCGCGAAAUCCAGUGGCGUGGAAACGUUCAACGCAUCGGGGUGCGAUAUUUACGAGUUGUUGCCCAAAACGUUCCGUCACGCAGUUGACUUGAAGUAUCUGUAUCUCGACAACAACAGGCUGCGCAAAACGUACGGUAGUAUGUUUUUAGGAGCAAGAAGUUUGGAACUCCUCAGCCUGUCUAAAAACCAACUCGAAACGAUCGAUCCGCAGACGUUCCGGGGAAUUUCGUACGUGCAGGAAAUAGAUUUUAGUGGCAACCUGUUGCGCACGCUACCGGAUCUGUUUUUCGUGGAAAAGCCAAAGCUAAAAAAGUUGUCGUUAGCGGACAACUUCUUGCAGGAGCUCAAGAAGGAGACGUUCGGUGAAAUGACAGCACUGCAGGAGCUGGAUCUGAGUGGAAACAUGCUGCGAACGCUUGUGGCCGGCACGUUCGAAGGGCCGUGGCAACUGGAACAGCUCCUCCUGCAAAACAACCGGCUGGAGGUGAUUGAAGCAACGGCCUUUGAGCAUCUGGUCAAGCUGAGGGGAUUGAACUUAAGCAACAACAAUUUGAAAGUCCUACCGGCAACGGUCUUUAACUCGAUGGGUGUUUUAAGGGAGCUGGAACUACAGCAGAACUAUCUAUCGCACCUGGACAGUGCCACGUUCGAGGAGAAUCUCAGAUUGGUGAUGAUCAAUCUGGACAACAAUACGAUCGCAACGCUCCAGCCUGCAUUGAUACAGAAUCUGACCGAUCUGCAGCGUUUCUCUAUCGAGUAUAAUCAAUUGCAGGAGCUGGAUGUGCAGCUGUUCGCGCACAGUACCGAUCUGAAGCGGCUGUGGUUGACUGGAAACUUCCUGCGGCACAUCAACCCUGGUACGUUUGAUACGUUGGAACAGUUGGAAGAUUUGUACCUUGCAGGUAACUUGCUUAGCACGUUCGAGGGAGGUUUGUUCCGUAAUUGUAGCGAGCUGAAGGAGCUUGAUUUGGGUGGCAAUCGUAUCAAACGUUUGGUGGCCGGUUCGCUGGAAGGGGCUUCAAAGCUGCAAAAGCUAACGAUCGACAAGAACGAGGUGACGGAGAUUGAAGAACACUUUCUGGACGAUACACCGCUGUUAGAUACCUUUUCGGCAGAGAACAACUUUAUUCGGAACGUUCCAGUGGGCCUGUUUGACAAGUUAACCAAUUUAACGACCAUUAUUCUGUCGGAUAAUCAGAUCAAACAACUAGCGCCGGGUACAUUUCAAGGGCUGGAAAGUGUUAUAAAUUUGCAUCUUAACCAAAACCAGCUUAAACACAUCGAUGCAAGCCUUUUAAAUCUAACCAAUCUGGAGUAUUUGGAUUUGUCGUACAAUUUCAUUCGAGAGUUUGAUGAAACUGCACUUGAGGGCGUCCCGAAUCUGGUGACCUUAGAUCUCGAUUCGAACCGCCUCGAUCGCAUUCCACCGGCCAUCAACAAAACCAUCAAACUGGACUACCUUGGGUUGCAGCGGAACAGGAUCAGCCGGCUAGAGUCGGGACAGUUCAGUCAGCUGACCAGCCUGCUUACGUUGAACCUGGACGGCAACAAGAUAGCAACGAUGGAGCAGGGUUGUUUCCGUGGCUUGCAAUCUCUGACAAUGCUGGCAUUCGUGAAUGCUACACCGGAAUACGAAUCACUCGAUCUUUUCAACGAUUUACAAAAUCUCACUCAGCUUUUCCUGGAAGAAACGAACUAUACAGGGCUGAACAGUGUCCGGCUCGAUUCGCUGCAAAGCCUAGACAUCCUAUCGCUCGAUACCAACUCUCUGAUUGGUGUGGAUCCGGGAUUCCUAUCCGGCUUGAAAACCCUCACACGAAUCUCGCUGAAAAAUAGUUCUAUCAGAUUCAAUGCGAACUACUUUAGAUCAAUCCCGAACUUGGAAUACAUAGCCUUUACCAGCAACGAAAGCAUAGUCCUUGAUGAGACGUUCUUUGCGGGAGCGCCAAGUUUACAAACGGUUGAAAUUCAGGACACACCGCUCGAAUCGAUCAGCGUUAAUGCGUUCCGACGGUUAGCCAAUCUGACCGAACUGUAUAUUGGCCCAUUCAAGGGCGAGCUGAAGGACAUUUUCACCGGGAACGAAGCACUGAAAACAUUGAGGAUGAAGCAGAUGAACUUUACCACCCUGCCGGACCAUUUCUUCUGGGCAAACCGUAGACUGGAAACGCUGACGAUCGAUGACAACCCAAACUUGUGCGAGCUGAAACCGGCCUGGUUUAAGCAUAUGGCGUAUCUCGACUAUCUGGACGUAUCGUCCAACAACAUUUCAGGACUUUCGGUGGACCUGUUCGAUAACACUCCCGUGCUGCAUCAGCUGUACCUGGCGGAAAAUCCACUCCGUGUGCUGGAUGUUGGCGUGUUCCGAAAGGUGGGCGCUCUGACAGUGCUCGAUCUAGAGGACACGUUGCUGACCGACCUGCCGGUAGGAAUAUUUGAUGGACUGUUCAAGCUAGAGGAGCUGUUCUUGGGCAACAAUAAGCUGUCGAACCUGCCGAACGGUACCUUCCGGGAGCUGUACUCGUUGCGGAUGCUCUGGUUGUCCAACAACUCGAUCGAACAUGUCGAUCCAUUCCUGUUUGCGGAUAUGCCCAGGCUGAAGGAGAUCUCGCUAGACGACAACCGGUUGACCAGUCUUGAUGAUCGACUGUUCGCUGCUCAGCUGGCAUUGCAAAACCUACACCUUUCUGGCAAUCGGCUCGUUGCAUUCGAUCUCACCACAAUGCCCUAUGCCAGUACGCUGAUUUACCUUGGGCUCGAUACUAACCAGCUACGAUCAGUGAAGAUCACGCCGGCUUUGGAGUUUCUUACCGCCGAUGAUAACCAACUGUCCGUCGUGGAGACAUCCGACUCGGACUACUACCGGCUGGCGACACUUUCGGUGCAAAACAAUAGCUUCAGCUCGCUGGAAUCGAUCUACCGGUUUGAUCGAUUGCAGGAGCUAAACGUCACGUUGAACCGCAUUGCGGUGCUGGAUUUCGCCAUGAUCGCUACCAAGUUCCCGCGGUUGACCGUUUUGAAUGCGUCGGUGUGUGCUGUCGAGUCACUGGGACGUACGGAUAAUCCGUACGAGCUGAAGGAGCUGCAGCAUUUGGACUUGUCGAACAAUACGCUGACGAAGGCGGAAAUGAGCAAGAUGGGUAAGAUGCCGAGAUUGAAGACCUUAUUCAGUGCUGAUAAUCGUAUCCAUGGCGUGUUGCGACUGUUGGAUCGAUUGUCAAAGUUUUAGGGUCAACUUCUAAAGGUCAAUGGUGAG